AUUAAAGUUUGUGUUUACUCGUAGUUGUUACGAUCUUUUUUUUACUUUUGAACUCGAAACUAUGAAUUUAUAAGCAUUAUAAAAUCUUGACUUUUUCAAAUUUUUAUAAAAGAUUAAAAUAAUUGUUAAUGAAAGGACAUUUUGUGAAAUGAACUAAGAAAUUGUUUUUGUUUUAAUACAUGCAAAAUAUUGUUUUUUUUUUGUGGACAAAGAUGGGAAUACACGAUAUUGUAAUUAAAAUAAAAAAUCUAUAGUAAAACAGAACAAAAUAGGUGUGGGAUGAAGUAUUCUAUAGCGAUAAUUUUCACAUGUCUGACUGUAAAGGUCACAAGCUUGCUGGAAAUCAGCACAGUUGAAAGCAAGAAGAGAUCGCAAGCGGAUAGUCGCGACUACAUUUCGGCGUUUCUUAGGAGUGACAUAAGAAAAUUGGAGACUGUGCUCCAAAAAUUGCCCAAGUGUGAAUACGUUACACAGGUUGGUGAUCAAUACGAUAGUGGGUAUGCACUUCGAGCUAACAUCAACUGCAAGAGGAAGAGGAGGGCGUUCGAGGGCUUGUUGAACAUUUUCAAGAAACUUGACGUCAACUAUGAAGCGUAUAUGGAUGUCGGUUUUAAUACUAGUAUUGGCAAUCGUCAAAAGAAAUAUAAGAUUGUAACAAGACCAACCGAACCCACCAGACAAGUCGCAAAUACUCCUAGUAACGGCCCAGGUGUCAUCAAAUACGUAUUGUGCUUCAUUCAGUCGACGAGAAUUUUCAAGAGUUGCAUCGGCAAAACCAAAGGUAUUGGGAAACAGCAAACGAGAGACUCCAGCAGCGUUGAGCAUGAGAGCGGUGACCUCAGCCGUGGCAAGCUGAGUGACGCCAUCAGCGACGAUGAGGGUCAAUCAAGAGUUCAACGAGCUAGAUACCAGCUGAAAUUCCGAAAGGUGACCCGCGCGCCUGACUACGAGACCGCACGUGUGGGAAGUAAAAGUAAGGAGUUAAUGUCAUGUAUCCAUAGCGCGUAUGGGGUAUUCCAAACAUGUGCUGUGCCUAGGAAAAGGGAGAAGAAAAAGAGUAGUGAAGAAAAUGGCGACCGAACGUACCGCGCUGAUGACCAACAACAGGAAGACCAACAAGAAAUUAACACUGGUCAACAAGAAAUUAACACUGGUCAACAUGAAAUUAACACUGGUCAACAAAUUUCCACAGGACAACAAGAUAUUACUGGUCAACAAAUUUACACAGGCCAACAAGAAAUUAAUACUGGUCAACAUGAAAUUAACAAUGGUCAACAAAUUUCCACAGGACAACAAGAAAUUACUGGUCAACAAAUUUACACAGGCCAACAAGAAAUGAAUACUGGUCAACAAGAACUUAACACUGGUCAACAAGAACUUAACACUGGUCAACAAGAACUUAACACUGGUCAACAAGAACUUAACACUGGUCAACAAGAACUUAACACUGGUCAACAAAUUUCCACAGGGCAACAAGAAAUUACUGGUCAACAAAUUUACACGGGACAACAAGAAAUUACCGGUCAACAAAUUUACACAGGACAACAAGAAAUUACCGGUCAACAAAUUUACACAGGCCAACAAGAAAUUAACACUGGUCACCAAGAAAUUAAGCUUGACCAACAAGAAAGUAACAUUGAACAAGAAGAAAAAUUACACUGGCCAGCAACAAAUUAACACUAGCUAUUAAAUUAACAAGAAAGAAGCCAGAGAAAACUCUACGACAUAUUUUCCAUCUCACUCAUACAAGAAAGAAAAACGCGUGUUAGAGAGAGGAGAAACUGGACUAACAUGUUUUGUCUCUUAUUGUGUGCCAGUUUUAUAAGGGCAACAGCUGCAACCUGCCUGGUAGACCUAUUGAAUAGUUCUAUCUCAUGUGACUACGCUAACCGUAAAAGAUAUCAUUUUUACCGCGACCGACACCGCGUAUAACCGUUAGAGUACUAUAAAUAAAGCAGGUUUCUCAAGCAAACGGAAAGACGGGCAAAGUUUAAGUAUCUAAUCUCUGUUGCUCCUAUGAAUAAUAUGACUAUAGCCGUCCCGUUCGAAUAUCCUUGGGGUAGUUUAAGUAUGAAUGAAAACCAGAAAAUAGAUAAUUUUAAUCGUUCGUUUUUUGCAUGGCUUAGAUAAUGACUUUAGCUAGGAAUAAUUAUUGUUUCAUAUAGUGUAAAGCAUUUUUAUAUAAAUUGAAUUAGUAAAACUUAAGUUUUUAAUAAAGUUUAGCUAUAUUGUAAGUAAUUGUAGUUGUAGUAGGUAGUUGAAAUAAAAAAUGUAUAUUUUCUGAAAAUAGAAACCUCAUUUAAUAUCA